AUGAGUUCCCAAGAUACCAUCCCAGACAAUACAUUUUACCAAGGACAUCAGAACUGUCUAUUAGUCAGAAACGAUGUCGUUGAUCCAGCUUCAGAUCUAGCAGAAACAGCAACUACAAGCAAGCAAUCCGGUGAUGAGAAGAGCAAGGAACAGCCUAGCGAAUUCACCUCGCGCAAGAUCAAAGAGGCAGUCUCACAUAAUAACGCUAGUAAGUUUUUCAUCCCUAUAACUCGAGCAGUAUUUAAAAAUUAUGUAGAGCGCAAGCAUGAGGAGAGUGAUACCGAAGGGGUAUAUCCCUUGGGCGAACUCAAAGAUAUAGCGGGACAGCUAGAACAUGCCUUGAGUAGGGUAAAGGCCUUGGUCUCUCAUUUCCAGGAAGCACCCGAACAACACACUCACAAGACCUUGCAUAUGAGCGGCAAGCUCGUCAGAUGGGCAGAUAGUACUAGUACCCACGCUGUUACACGUCGCCCUAGGAAAAAAGCACGUAGAAAUCUUUGA